UAGCUAUUUAGCUAGCAGCUACUAGCUAGCUUCUUCAGUUGGUCCAAGCAGCCACAUAAAGAGUGUAAACGGCAAAGUUUGUCGGAGACCAAGCAAAGUUGGAGAAUAUGGUUGUGAAUCUCUGUCUGCCACACUUUUAUACGACAGUUCACUGCAAUAAGCUGUGUGCAGAUGGCUAUGAUGUCACAAACCUUGUGUCAGCUGACCCUGCUCUCCGGAGGCGGGGCUUCAAGCUGGAGUACUUUCUGCGUCCACCUGUUCAGGUGACGUUGAAGUUCGGCUUCCAAGUGGAGCUGUGCAGGGUGGAUGUAGAGCUGUGGCCCUGGGGUAUGGACCGAGGACAGGCCAGCAAGAGACUGGAGAUCAGCACCAGCUCUGAUCCGCUGCCUUCUCACAAUUUUGGUCAAGGCCACAAACAGGUUCAGCAAAAGGAACAGCAGAUGCAAGUAAAGGACCAGAAUGAACAGAACAAAAAAAAUGAGCAAGAGUCGGACAGUACAUCUCACCAGAGUAAUGGCCACCAGUGGAGUUUACAGGCCCAACAGUGGGGGGAAGAGACUCUAGAUGGCCGUCGGCAUAAAGGGCAUGCAUACAAGAGACAGAUGACCAAAGAGCACGCUCAAACAAAUGCUGAAUCCAGCCAACCUGAGCCAGAGUUUAGACUGGUUGGUCGUUGCGAACUCAGAGAGGAAACCCAAGCCUGUUUUUCACGUUCAAAUUUUAGUCCCCGGCCCCCGUUCCUCGCUCCACCUCCUCCACAACCUGCGAACUGUCGGCAGGAGGAGCUGUGGAACCGGGGACUGCUUUCAUUGGGCGCUGUGACGCAGCUUCGUGUAACUGUACCAUUUGGCGGUGCAGCAUCUGCUCUGGGGCUCAAGGCUUUGUCUGUGUGGGGACAACCUGCUCGCUGCUGCCCUGCAGAAGAAGUGGAGAGGAUAAAAAGAAUCCAUGAGGCCAGUGAAAGACGGCUGCCACGACCUGUGUUUUUUGCCCCCUCUGCCAGGCAAAACAAACAACCAUUGCAAGCAACCACACCUCCAAGCAGUGUUUCCAUCCCAGAAGAGUUCCUUGACCCAAUAACCCAGGAGGUGAUGACGCUGCCUAUGCUGCUGCCCAGUGGUGUGUCAGUGGACAACACCACUCUGGAGGAGUACCAGAAAAGGGAAGCCACUUGGGGUCGAGCCCCGAACGACCCCUUCACUGGGGUCUCGUUCACUUCAACCUCCCAGCCACUUCCUAACCCCCAACUGAAAACCCGCAUCGACCACUUCCUUCUGCAGAGAGGGGAGGUGAGGAGGCACGGGAUGCUGGGGAGACAAGGGAAGGGAGAAAAUCCACAAGUCUCGAGACUCAUACCCUCCAAGGUAGACAGACAGUCCCAGAACUCUCCAUGUCUCAGUAAAAGCUCAAUAAACAAUGCUGACACUCAAUGUGAUGCUGGCACUAGAAACUCAGAGAGGACUACACACAUAGAAGACAAGGGAUUAGGACAUUCAUCAAAUAGUGGGAGUCAUGCAUCUAACUCCCAGCCUCUUAGUACAGAUAGAAAAUCAGAGUUAGAUAGAAUGAAGAAACGGGAUCUAAGUGGAAUUUCUAAGGAGUCAACAGAAGACUUAACAACUGAGAAACACCUACUACCUCAAACAAAAAGACCAAGAAAUGAUACAGUUGCAGUCCCCAGCUGCAGCUCCCAUGAGCAGCGUUUGUCAGCCAGUCUGGAUGAGGCCCUCUUCUCCGCCCUGCAGGGCCGACCCUCCUUCACCUCAAACUUGUCCCAGCAGAGACAGGUUACUCCUCGCUCGGAACUAUCGAACACCACACAGCAGCGCCAGAGUUCAAGCAACCCAAACAGCUGCACAGGCGAGAAGACGUGCUCUUCAUGUUCGUGUUCGGUCUCUGUUUACUCCACAUCUGCAUCAUCCACCUACCGUCUAACCUGCGGUCACUUGCUCUGCCGUGCCUGCCUACAGAGACAAUCACAUCCACUCAGCUCUGUUACUGCAGUUACAUCCGGUCACAUCUUGUGUCCCACCUGCGAAAACUCUACCCCACGCAGUGACAUCAUGCGUGUGCAUCACUGACAGAUGUCAUAAAAAGACAAAGCUGCACCUUCAAAGCCUGUGAAGAAACGAGGAGGUCUGUUCCCAAGGUGAGGACAGAAUUGUCCUUCAGAUGUGGGGAUUUAGCGUUGUGAUUGUGUUAAAAACCAUAUAAAGCUGAACGUUAAGAUUGCUUUUUAUAGACUGGUUACUGAGUUUGACACUACCUCGGUCCCCUUCUUUGAUAUACAGUAUGUCUUCAUGUGUCAUGCUGUAUGUUGGGAUAUAUAAUAACUGCCAAGGAGGUUCAUUCUUUCUAAACAACUGCCAGAUUUGUCCAACAAGCACUUCAGUAACAUCCUUCAUCUUUCAUGAUCUUCUUUCAUUUCGUUUUAGUUGUAUUAUUUUGUAAUAUUUUGUAUUAAUUCUUAUUCAUGUGCGUUGUAAGUACUUUAGGUCUGUCAGUGAAUUAUAUUUUCCUUGGACCUGUUGCAUUACAAAAUCAUAUUAUAGAGGCCAAAAAGUUUUAAAUGUCCACAGCUAAAGAAAGGGCAGCACUGGAAGCAAAGACUGUUACAAGAACCUUGCAUAAAAGAAUGUGAAAUAUAUAUGUAUGUAUAGAAAUGUCUUGUUUUCUUCUCUUCCACCCCCUCUCCCCGUCUUAGCCUUUUCAUUGAGCGUUGAAGUCUCAUUACAGUCCUUGGUUCCGCAGCCUUUUUGGAGACCCUGGAUGCGUAAAUGUGUUGAGGAUGCACAAAGAAAAGGUUGAGGGACAGAAGCUCUGACAGCAAGAGGCCAGAAGAAUUAAUGUGGAAAUUGAGUUGACCCAAGGCCGUGUGGUCAUUGUGCAGAAGCAGACGGAUUUAUGCUUAGCUGAUCAGCUAACCUCCUGAUACCGUGUCCUUACCUCAGGCCCUCCCCCUCUUUCCUUCUUCAUUCCAUUCACCACUUUACAUUCCUUACACUCUUGCUUAGGUUUUGUUGGGUAAAUGCUGGCAGAAAAUGUAAUGCUAAGGACUCACUGGAACAGAUUACAUACUACUUUUUUGCGGGGUGUAGCAGUAUAGCAUUAAAAGGUGCAGUGUGAGGAAACAAAUGUGUGCACAAUGUUUCCUGGCAGAGGCUACAUGUCCUCCAGAGUGUCCUUGCCCACAUAUUUGUCUUCUGCCUCUUAACACUUCAAGCUAAUCACCUCUUACGAGUGUGUUGUUGUGUGCACAUAAUGGGUUAAACAGCAAAAUCAGGGAAAAGCUGUGUUUAUUGGGCUUUACAAUCACAAACGGCAUAAUUUAUGUUGGUUUCCCUGACAACAUUAAGCUUAACCAAGGUCAUGAUCCUGUAUCCGCUCAGUAAGAGCAAAGACUGGAAUCAGUUGUUCCGUAUGUUAAAUCGAGGCAUCAGUUUCACUCUUUCAGCAACAAGUGGGAGAUACAGCACUUAAAUGAUACUAAAUCGGACUGUGCGUUUGAGUCAUGUUAACUACUGCCUCUACUCUUCUGAUUGACUUCACACACUCACUUGUUAGAACCUUUGGUUGCACUUUAAAAGCUGAUGCUUAUUUUUCUGCUUUGUAUGUGUAGGAAACAAAAAAUGUUAAUUCAUCCUCUAAUUUUAAUUUUAUUUCACUACUUGUGAAAUGUGUCUUUCUUUAAAGAUGUAUUACAUGUGUCAGGAGUUUUCGGUUUCUUAGAAUAAAUGUUUUGGAUUUUUUUUUUUUUAAAUUUCAUGUUAUUCAGGAGUAGAGUAAUGCAUAAUAAGACCACAUUUCAUAUUUAUUAAAUCAUAUGGCUAAAGGGGCUAA